UUUUCCGAGGGGCUCGUGAAGGUAGCAUCAGUCUCCUGGAUCCUGGGUGUGUGCAGGCAGUUCAAUCUAGAGACUGAGGGAGAAAGCACAAGCAACAUCUCAACUUGAGAGCUGAGCCUGUCAUCUGUCACCUGUUUGAAAACUUCUACUACUUCUCUGCCGGAUGGAUCGAAAAUGGGAAACUACCCGAGCUAGUUUCUGAAGAAGACACAAAUUCAGGGGGGAGCUUGUGCUAAAAUUGCCAGGUUGAGCCUUGUCCAGUCGCGCACUUCACCUCCAGAGAAGGAACAGGAGCACAGUGAAGAUGCAGACCUUCCUGAAAGGCCGGAGAGUGGGCUACUGGCUCAGCGAGAAGAAGAUGAAGAAGCUGAAUUUUCAGGCCUUUGCUGAUUUGUGCAGGAAAAGAGGAAUAGAAGUUGUUCAGCUGGACCUCAGCCAGCCUCUGGAGGAGCAAGGUCCCCUGGACGUCAUCAUCCACAAACUGACCGACCUCAUCCUGGAGGCUGACCAGAACGAUUCACAGGCAGUGCUGCUUGUGCAAAGAGUACAGGACUACAUUGAUGCCCACCCUGAGACCAUCGUCCUGGACCCCCUUCCAGCCAUCCGAACCUUACUAGACCGCUGCAAGUCCUACCAGCUCAUCAACAGGAUAGAGAGUUGUAUGCAAGAUGAAAGGAUUUGUUCUCCUCCAUUCAUGGUCCUGAACACGGAGUGCAGCCCAGAUGUGCUGGAGCAGAUCAAGAGACAAGGACUCACAUUCCCCUUCAUUUGCAAAACACGGGUGGCUCAUGGAACCAACUCCCACGAGAUGGCCAUUAUCUUCAGUGAAGAAGACCUGAAGGAUGUGAAGCCCCCUUGUGUGAUCCAGAGCUUCAUCAACCACAACGCUGUGCUCUACAAGGUGUUUGUGGUGGGAGACUCUUACACUGUGGUAGAGAGGCCUUCACUGAAGAACUUCCCUGCUGGACCAGCAGAUAGGGAAGCAAUAUUCUUCAACAGCCACAAUGUUUCCAAACCAGAGUCCUCCUCAGACCUGACCACGUUUCAGCCCGACCACAGAGCUGGCCUUCCUCGUCAGCUUGGUGGGUCUGCUGGUCUUACCAGCGUUGAUGCCACCAGUCCAUCACACCACAGAACAGAACAGUGCGCUGAUUACUACAGACUGCUAAAAUAUCUCCAGGAGCCUGCUGCACACACUGAAGGAUCUGCGUCUCCUCAGGAAGAACAGUCUGCUCUGUCCCUUCCUGCAGAGGGCCUCGUUGUUGUGGGACCUGUCCAGUUUUUUAUUGAUUUGAACCCUAAGAGAGAGAACGUGGAGUCUCAGCCACCCAGCGACGAUGUCAUCAGAGAGUUGUCCAGGUCAUUGCGGCAGGCGCUGGGCGUGUCCUUGUUUGGCAUCGACGUCAUCAUCAACAACCAAACGGGCCAACACGCCGUCAUCGACAUCAAUGCAUUCCCUGGUUAUGAGGGCGUCCCAGAGUUUUUCAAUGACCUUCUGAACCACAUCACCAGCGUGCUUCAGAGUCACAACGCAGACUUCACCCCUGCCAGCGAGCAGCCCAAAGGCCUGCCGGUUAGCACCACGGUACCGAACGCCGCCCCGCCGCCCCCCGGCUGCUGCAGCCUGCUUGGGAAAGAGGCCAGCGGCAGCCCCUGGAUCGUAGAGGGCGACGGAGGGCUGAAGGGCCCCCGUCAGAGACUGGGCUGCAACUCGGCCAUGUCCCCAAACUUCCAGCAGCACUGUGUCUCCACGAUAGCCACCAAGGCUUCCUCCCAGUGACUGAUCCCCAGCCCCCACUCCGUUUGAUCCCUGAGCAAAAAAAAAAAAGAAAAAAAGAUGACAAUGGUGACAAUAAUAAUGAAUAAUAAUUAUGAUGUUAAUGAUGAUAAUAUAUCUAAUCAAAAACAUUUUCCUAUGUAGUUAUUGAAAAUGAUGGUGAUUGAGUGUAAGCUUUUUUCUCUCUGCCAUUUUGUAUUUUUUGUUUUGUCUAAUGAGACUUAAAAGUACUGUAAUGUGAACUUUUGGGAACUUUUGCCUAAUAGCUGAUUUUAUUUUUCUCUCUUGUGUGAGUUCUCUUCAAUUAAAGGGUCCAGAUGAGGUAGCUAAUGGGAAAGGUGGAAUCAGGACUGGAGAAAGAUGUGCCACUAGAUGAGCAAUGUAUGAUCUCUUGUGUCUCUCAAACAUAAAAACACACACAGGUACGUCAACAUUGCGACGGACUGUGCCAGCGAUGUGUGUCUUCAUUCUUGUCAAUACCACUGACCCCUCUGAGGGGGAGAAAAGGUGUCUGAGUAUUUGAACACUACUCCACAGAUACUGGGCUGCUAAGUGACUGUGGCCAACCGAUGGCAGCGGACAUAAUGAGUCUGAACACAAACAAGAUAGUGUGGGGUUUUGUAAGUUUAAACAAACAGAUAAGCGGUUUAAUUUUCCGGUUGACAUAAAAUUUCCUUUGAGGGUAGGAAAACAAAUCUUCAAAGAUUUAAAAGAUGGAAGUAAAUCUCCAUGACCAUGACAAUCCCGUUUAUUUUUAUUGAUUGUUACACCAGUGUUUUACUGUAUGUCAGGUGGCAGAUGGUAGGUGUUCAACACACCGUGACCUUGUUAGAGUCCCACUUUGAGUCGCUCCGGUGCAGGAAGAUGAGGAUCACAUUCCUUUUCGUGUUUGUGGAUGUUUUCAGAGAAUUCCAUGAUUUCUCAGACUUCCGGUGGGAUCUUUUGAGAUUUCUCUCAUCACUUCAUGGGUUUGUAAUCUCCUUAAAAAGACUUCUCCACAUGCCUUUAAUGCUUGUAUCUGUAAUGUGAGCAAACGACUCCCUGAGGCCAACUUGACCUGAACAGUGUGUUAAUCAGAUAAUUGUUUAUCAUAAAUAUCAAUUAUUCCUUUAAAAUUAAGGUAAACGAGUGUUCAAAUAUCUGCUGAUGGGUAUUAUUUUGAUACCAUUAAAUGGCAACAGUCCAGAUGAUUGAGGAUUUUUUUCUGCUUUAAUAUGUCUCAUUUGAUUUAGUUUCACUCUAACAACACUUAAUUACACAAAAUGUAGUUAAGGAAACCUUCAGUCCGGUCGGUCAAUUUGCUUCAUGCUGAACUACUCCAUCUCCUGUUCCUGCUGCUGUAUUUGUGUCACAUGUUAAAAUCAUUGGGGGGGCAGUCAGGCUGUCAGGCUCUUGUUCCUAGUGUUCACUGUGAGAUUUUUUUACUCCAAUUUUGUUAUAAUCUUUGUCCUGAUAUCUACUAAGAGCAACUUUAUUUUAUUGAGAUUUUAUGUGGGAAAAAAUGUUUUAUAUAAAUGAAAAUGAAAGCACUGGGAUGUUUUUGAACAAACGGUGGAUAUUUACUAGAGGUAUAGUAAAAUGCUGGGUCUGGUUGUACAGGUGGUGACAAAGGGACAGAUGGGCUCAUGGUCGAUGCUGUUGUCUCCCUCUAGCAUCUAGUGGGAAGGAGUGCCAACGUGCAGAAUUUUGCAUUACUCUGAGCCUGCUUCUUCAUCUUUUGUCCAAGAGAGCUCCUCCUAGCUGUUUUGUUUUUCUCCAUUAGUAUCCGGGGGACCUAACUGUCCUCUUGUUUGGCCUGUUUUUGUAUAUAAUAGCGUCAGCGCAGCCAUCUCACCAGCAUCUCUCUGGGACAAAAGAAUGCCAAUGAUGUUCUGAAAGUUGGUCUUCACUAGACACAUCCUAUUGUUUCAACAAAACGGUUAGUAUCCUGUUUUAAUCUCCUACAAUUUGAGUGUCAUGAAGCAAUAAUACAUUCAGAAUGUAAAGGUAUUGCAGCAGGUUCAGGGGAACAAUUCCUCAUCUAGAAAAUGGGACGAAAGGCUGAUAUCACACACAACUAUACUGUGUGUCCUAUGUUGUGUUCCUUAUGCUUCUAAAUGGGAAAUAAUUGGUUAUUCCUACCAUUGGUCAUAUCUGCAACCCAGAUGGUGUCAUGCUCCCAGUUUUCCCCUGAAUGUUUACUACUUGGGUGUCUUGUACAGUACGUGUAUAUGCCUAGGCUUACAUCCGUACAGUAUGUUUUGUAUCAGUUCUGUAAUUGAGAGGAAUCCAAAAUUUUGCGACCUUUUUUUAAUUGAACGGCCAAUCCAACAGGGCAAAAUAAACACUUGAAACCUUA